GGCCAAAAAACGAAGGAGAAGUAAUGAACAUUCAGCAAAAGAAGGGGAAAAAGCAAUCAAUAUUCAAGUUGUUGUGCGUUGCCGUGCAAGAAUUGAACGUGAAGUUGCUGCAAAUUCGCCAAUUGUUGUCCAAGCUACUCCCCGUGAGAUUAAAGUUUGGGCUAAUCCUCAGGACAUGAUGCCGUAUAAAACCUUUACCUUCGAUAAGGUUUUUGGGGCGGACGCGGAUCAGAGUCGAAUAUUCGAUACCAUAGUAGUUCCUAUAUUACAUGAAGUUAAAGCUGGAUAUAACUGUACUUUGUUCGCAUAUGGACAAACUUCGACUGGCAAGACUUUCACAAUGGAAGGAAAACUUGACCUCCAUAAUGGAAGUAUUAGUCCUGAUGCCGGUGUUAUUCCACGCUCCCUAUAUUAUAUAUUUGAUACUUUGGAGGCUGAACAAGCUGAUUUUUCGGUUAAAAUAUCUUAUAUUGAAAUAUACAAUGAAGAGUUAAAAGACUUGCUUUCUUCAGAUAGUGAUAACCGACAAUUAAAAAUUCUGGAUGAUGCAAAUAGAAAAUGUGUCCUUCAUGGCCACGAAGAAGUACUUAUAAAAAGUGCCGAAGAUGGAAUAAAUGUUCUGAAACAAGGCUCGAUAAAACGUCAAGUUGCUCAGACAAAUUAUAAUAAGAAUUCUAGUCGAUCCCACUCUGUAUUCUGUAUUACACUUCAUAUUAAAGAAACGAUGCCUGAUGGUGAGGACCUAUUAAAAGUUGGGAAAUUCAAUUUAGUAGACUUGGCAGGGUCCGAAAACAUUAGUCGAACUGGCGCUGAAAAUCUUCGUGCGAAAGAAGCCGGAAAGAUCAAUAAGAGCUUGUUAACGUUGGGACGAUGCAUUAAUAGUCUCAAUGAACAUAAUCAACACAUCCCAUAUAGGGAAAGCAAGUUAACACGUCUCCUGCAAGAUUCACUUGGCGGUCAUACAAAAACUUGCAUAAUUGCGACAAUAUCUCCAGCCAAAUUAAGUUACGAGGAAACGAUAUCUACAUUAGAUUAUGCUCAGCGUGCAAAGAAUAUUCUAAACAAACCCGUUGCAAAUCAACGUGUCACUAAAAAAGCUUUGAUCAAAGAAUAUAUAGGUGAAAUCGAGCGUUUGAGAGCUGAUCUAUUGGCUGCUCGAGAGAAGAAUGGAAUAUACUUGUCGCAAGAUACUUACCAAAAUCUAGUGGAUGAAAAUCAAAGUCGAAAAGAUGAAAAUGAGGAAUUGAAAAAGUUGAAUGAAAGUCUAAAAGAACAAGCUGAAAGAUUUGAACGAGAAAAUUCUAUUAUUAAUAGAAAACUUAUGCGUCAAACUUCUAUUAAUACUCAUCAUCAAAAAGUGUUUCAAGAAUUUCAGCAAAUGAUGCUAUCUGUAACAUCACAACUAGAAUAUAAAUUUAAUGAAAUAAAGUCUGUACAUAUUGGAUUUGGGGAAUUGACAUAUAACAAGAUGAAAGAAUUUAUGGAACGACGCGAAACUGAAGUUUCGGCUAUUAUUAAAUGUAUCGAAGAACGUAUUGAUCGAUCUAUACAGCAAAAAGAUCAGAUUAUUCAAAUAUUUGAUAACCAAGAACGGAUCUCCAUUAAUUUGAGUGCUGAACUAUUAAAAUUCCGGGAAGAGACUCAAAAGCUUAUGGAUCAAAAAGGCCAGGAAUUGCGAAAUAGUGCAUCUGCGACGUUCAAUAUGUUUCAGCAUGAAUUGUCCAAUCAAUUCGAAAAGAUACGAUCGUACCAAGUAAAACUCGGGGAAGAUUUAUCUUGCUUGAUGAAAACCACGCAAGAACACAUUGCGUCCCAAAAUCAUGCAAUCACUUCUUUCCGUAGUUUCACUCGUGAAACAUCCAAUUCUCAAAUAGAUUGUAUGAUAGAACAAAAGCAUCUUUUGACGCAGCUCGCAGAAGAAGACGUUUUGUUGAGAAAAUCAAUGGAGGAAGAAAUUUUAGCAAAUGUGCUAGAAACACUUAAAAAAUAUG